ACAAAGUGACUAUUUUUACUUUUGUUAUGACUACAUGAUCUAGUAAUUUUUUAAGUAGUAACUCUAAGUAGACUAGAUCUAUUCUAGUUGUCAAUGAGUACAGCUGAGUUAGUGAGUAACCAGUACUGAGUAUAGAUCCAAGUCAAGUAAGACUGUAAUGACUAUGAUUCGCAGGAUUACUGAUGAUGAUAAAAUGAGUGAAUUCACAGAAGAUAUGCAUGAUUCAGAAGAUAUGCAUGAUUCAACAGAUUUAAAAGUUACACAUGAAAUGGAAGUUUGUGAACUUGGAGAAGCAGGAAUACCUAUGCAGUAUGAAAAAUGUAACAAGUACCCUGGCCAUACACAGUUUAUACCUGUUGAAAAUUUUAACAUGCAUCACCUACCGGAACCAUAUCGAACCAGUGUUGUUUAUGACUGUAUCAAUUAUCUGGCUCUAAUGACAGUGAGAAUAGAUGCCAAUUUUGUCAGUCAAAGUAGACCAGACAAUUAUCUUUUUAGUGACAGAAGAGGACGCCGCUCUAAAAGAUAUGGAACUGGAAGAAUCGAUCAAUUAAUGUGGCAUAAAGGUGACGAUAAGACAACUUGCUCCUGUUUGAAUUGUAAACAGUCGGACAGCCCGAGCAAACAUUGGAUGGAGGUUUUUGUAAUGACGGCCAAGCAUGUUGUCUACGAUGAUGAGGAAGCGAAAAAUACAUUCUGCAAGUUAUUUUACGACAACGAACGAAGCGCGGAAAUAGUCCUGAGUGGAAUCAGUGUGGACUAUGAAGAUAAAGAAAAGGAUCGCUGUCUUUUCAAGUGCGCAACUUGUGACCCAGAUCUGAUGAAACGGUUAGACACAUCAAUGAAGCAAUUUGAAAUUCUUUGGAAGAAGGCAUACAAUAAGUAUAAAUCCCUUGAUGUGAAACGCAAGUUAAUCUGCAUAGUGUCCCACCCUCAUGGUCAUUUCAAAAUGGUUAGCAUUGGUCAUGCUUUGAAAACAGUGAAAAAGGGUAAAGUCUGGUUCCAGUUUGUGUACUCAACACCCACUUGUCCAGGAAGCAGUGGAGCUGCCACAUUUGUAGUCGGACACACAGAAAAUUUCUUUUAUCAGCACAUACAUAGUCAUAGCCAUAAUAACUUAAACUACAGCGGAUUAGCUUGGUGAAUAGCACAUAACUUUGAUGUAUUUGAAAUUAUCAUCUAGCUUAAUAUAUUUUAAAUACUCUAAAAAUGUCAUUAUCCUGAAGGACCUUUUUGGGGAUACUUAGGCUACCCUUAGGUGUGUGUGAUCACUUUUCAGACAUUACAAUUUUUUCAGAGUGUCUGUUUGUAAUGCUUUUUUAAACUGUAUCAAUACUACAUUUUAGUAAGAUCAUCAUUAUUAUAAAGUAAAGUUCCCCUUUCAGACCUUGCGAUCUGUAGGGCAAAUAAUGUAAAGGCCAUCAUCAUUAUACCGGUAUGUAAACAUUGCUAUUUUAUGUUCCAUAACAGACGUUGCCACAGGUAUUGAUUGAAGCUUUGUGCUUCUUGGGCAAGGAGGUGGUUCAGAGAUCCAUAAGUCUGAUCGAGAUGUGAUGAUUACAAUACAGAACUUCCUUUGAAUGAGACUAUUAUAUAUAAGCCUACUGUAGAGACUUAAUACAAAAUCAUAUUAAAAAUUUUGUUUUAUACAUUGUUAAAUCCAUGAAUUCUACUGAAAAUCUUAAGUAAACUAGCAUAUUUUAAUUCAAUUGUAACAUUAUCAACUGAUAUGAUUGGCUAUGUGGUUGGACUCUUUUUAAAAACAUGUUUUUUUAGCUGAACAUUUUUUUCUAGUCUUUUUUUUUUUUUUUUGUACAUCUAACAAAAUGUAUGUCAACCAAAUUACUUUUUCUUACCAUUCCAUGUUAAAUCCUAUUUUAAUUGUCUUUUUUUAUUUUUUCAUAGCAAUUUGAGCCUACAUUAUGUUAAUGUAUAUUAUAUUAAAUUUUUAUUAUUAUAUAAUUGAGCUGGAUAUAAAGCUCAUAUAUUUUGUGUCUGCUAAUAUUAUGUUAUGGGCUAAUAUCAUAUUUUGUGGGCUUUUAUUAUGUUGUGUGGGCUAUAUUAUGUGAUGAACUAAUAUUAUGUUGUGUGGGCUAUAUUAUAUGAUGAACUAAUAUUAUGUUGUGUGGACUAUAUUAUGUGAUGAACUAAUAUUAUGUUGUGUGGGCUAUAUUAUGUGAUGAACUAAUAUUAUGUUGUGUGGGCUAUAUUAUGUGAUGAACUAAUAUUAUGUUGUGUGGGCUAUAUUAUGUGAUGAACUAAUAUUAUGUUGUGUUGGCUACUAUUAUGUUAUAGGCUAAUAUUAUGUCGAGUGGGCAAUUAUUUUGUUAUGGGCUAAUAUUGUUAUAUGCUAAUAUUAUGUCAUGUGGGCUAAUAUUAUGUUAUGGACCAAAAUUAUGUCAAGUGGGCUAAUAUGUUAUGGACUAAAAUUAUGUCGUGUGGGCUAAUAGUAUGUUAUGGACCAAAAUUAUGUCGUGUGGGCUAAUAUUAUGUUAUGGACCAAAAUUAUGUUGUGUGGGCUAAUAGUAUGUUAUGGACCAAAAUUAUGUCGUGUGGGCUAAUAUUAUGUUAUGGACUAAAAUUAUGUUGUGUGGGCUAAUAUUUUGUUUUAUGGGCUAAUACUAUGCUGAGUGCACUAAUAUUAAUUAUGUUAUGGGCUAAUAUUACAUUGUGUGGGCUAAUAUUAUGUUUUAUGUGCUAAUAUUAUGUUUAGACCACACAUAUUAUGUUGUGUGGUCUAAUAUUAUGUUAUGGGCUAAUAUUAUAUUGUUUUCAUCUCCUUGAACUCAGUUUACUCUCUGCAAUAUUUUGAUGAGCAUAACAGGAAUAAAACGUCCUAAAUUACUUAAAGGUGCCAAUAUCUAAAUUGAAAACACUUCUCAAUUUGUCUUUCAACGUCUUUGCCUUUUUUUUUUUUCCCUGGCAAUAAUGUUUGUGCCAGUUUUCAACUUCAUUAAUCUAUUACUUAAACAAAUACUUCAUUCCAAGGUGCCAUAGGAUUUGUUUAGAAGCUGUUGUCAGAAGCUGUUUCUUUAAAAGUCAAACUUGGUGGGACCAUUAGACCAUUUUGUUCAUUUGCUAAAUGGUAAUCAUUUUAGUGGCUAAACCGUUCUGAUAUCUAUCAACAGAGUAAAGUACUCCUUUUGAGACCUUGCAGUUUGUGGGACUUAAAAGAUCAUGUGUUUCUAUAGCUGAAGGGUAAGGGAGUUGUUUAUGGCCCAGCACAACCAACCAACCCAAUUUCUUUCGCCAACUAAUGUUAGGUGUCCAAUAGAGUUAGAGGGACUCAGGGGUUUCCUGAAUUCAAAACUCAAGUCUUUAAGAUUUAAACCAGAGGCUUCUUGUUUGGUAGCCAAGUGCUUUACCACUUGGCCACCGUGUCCUUAAGUCUGUAUUCUAAUCAUUGCUAAAGUAUUUUUGUAUUUCAUUUGUAACAAAUUUUCUGAAACAUCCUAAUUAUUAAUAGUAUGUUAUAUUUAUUGAAGAGUGUAAUUU